UCUUUUUCCUGCUCCUAAACGCCUCCUUCAAGAUUGCAGCUGGGCAGGACUCCAAAGGUGCAGGAGCAGCAACAAGCCGGAGUUCAAAGUUAGCAGUAAAUUGCACAACUUCCAGCUCAUCGCUACGCUCAGAGACUAUUAACAAGCUGGAAGGAGCUCAGGGAAAAAAAUUAGGGGAGAAGGGAACACCCUCGAAUUGUUUGAGGAUCGCUGAUGUUAUGCUUCUGCCGCUGGAAUCAUGGCUCCCUUUGGAAGGAAUUUAUUAAAAACCCGGCAUAAAAACAGAUCUCCCAACAAGGAGAUGGCUUCAAAUGAAAGAGAGAUUGUGGUGUGGGUUUGCCAGGAAGAGAAGAUUGUAUGUGGCCUGACAAAACGCACAACUUGUGCAGAAGUGAUUCAAGCACUACUUGAGGAACAUCAAGCAACAUUCGGAGAGAAAAAGGUCCUCUUUGGAAAACCUAGUGAUUAUUGUAUUGUAGAAAAAUGGAGAGGCUCUGAGCGAGUCCUUCCUCCAUUGACAAAGAUUCUGAGACUUUGGAAGGCCUGGGGGGAAGAGCAGCCCAAUUUACACUUUGUGUUGGUAAAGUCUGAUGCUUUCCUCUCAUUUCCAUUGUGGAAAACAGCUGAAGCUAAGGUAGUACAAAAUGUAGAAAAGCAGUGGGAACUCAGCCCAGCCAAUUACAUGAAGAUGUUGCCAAUAGACAAGCAAAAGAAAAUUGUCAGGAAGACUUUCCGGAAACUGGCCAAACUUAAACAGGACAGUGUUCAGCAAGACAGAGAUAAUAUGGAGACACUGAUUCAUCUGAUCAUAUCUCAAGAUCAUACCAUUCAUCAGCAAGUCCUUAGAAUGAAGGAACUAGAUAUGGAAAUUGAAAAAUGUGAAGCACAAUGCCAUUUAGACCGUGUAGCCAAUGAUGGAGAAAAUUAUGUGCAGGACUCCUAUUUAAUGAUAAAUCCAAGUGAGGCUGAGCAGCAAGGGAGUAGGCCAGAUGAUCAAAAAGAGAUGCAUGAAUAUUUCAGCAAAAGUGAGGGAAUUUUACAGGUUGAAGAGAGACUGAAACAUCACAAACAAUUAAUAGAGAAGCUGUGUGCUGAAAUUGAAAAAGAAGUAUACGGUAUAUGUUCAGAAAAAAAAGGAGAUGAUAUUCGCACAGAAGGAGCUUCUAAUGCUCAAGUAGAAAACUCAAAUUUGGAAAGUGUAAAGUAUGAGCUGGAAAAAAGUAUGAAAGAUGGUCUGAGAAUCAAUUCAUACCUGAGCUGCGUUCAGAAAGAGCUUAUGUACAGGGACUCAUUACUUCAAAAGAAGGAAAAAGAGUAUGAACUUCUUACAGAAGAAUUUAAUUUACUACAUAUUAAAGACAACAUCGAAACUAGGCUUCCAUUGAAUGAAGAGCCACCCAAGGGCAGUGGCAACUCCAGUAACAGCAUUGCAGUUCCUGACUUUGUUCACAGAGUGACUAAUCUGGACAUAAAUGAUACUGACUCUGACACUGGAAUCAGCUCUACACACAGUCAGGACUCUGAAAUAACUUCUGGGGACAUGGUACUGUUAUCAACAUAGUUGAUAACAGUCAUGCAGUUUUGGAAAGUCAUAUUUUGAGGGAUACAUAGAAGAAUAGGUGAACUUUAUUGUCUUGAGAGUUCAGCCCCUUAAGAUGUUAAAACUGUGGCACUGCUCUAGCAAAGUAAACAGCGUCUAUGUGCUUAAAAGUAUACUUGUGGUUAAAUGCACAGGCAGUUUCAUGGGUUCACUGCUAAUAGGUGCAAAUCUGUUGGCUUUGCUAAAUCAGGACAUACUGUUUAGAACUUGUAAUAUUGAUACUCAGUGAAGCAGCAGCAUUCUGACUAGCUUGAACCAAAAGCCUGCAGUUUUGAUAUCCCACAACCUUUGAGUUCGCAUCUACAUCUCUCUAACUCUUAAGGAAUGUGAAUUAGAGAUUAGACCCAACUAAAUGGGGAGAUUGAUUUUCUGCUCUGUUACAUAAGCUUUAUUCAGCUGGAGUUUCCCUGGCAUAUAAUAUAAUCAAGCAUGUAGUCUGUUAAAAUUAGUUUUUAUGAUGCAGUAAGACAAAAAAAAAAAAAAUGCAAUUGCAUUUAUGCUAUAUAUUUAAACUUAGUGCUGAGUUAACAGGAUGGUAGGUUCAAAACCACCUAUGUCCCAAUUUAAAAAUGACCUUACACACAUAGGUAGUUAAUUUCCAUUGUCUUUCAGCAUGGUCUAACUGCUACUAAGAUCUUUAAAACUCCUGCUCCUCAGCUGUUACUCUGCAGUUGCCAUGGUGAUGCUAUAUGGACACAUAGGUUUGCCAGCGGGCAUGUCAGAACUGCCUACCUCCUGUUUCUGUGAGCUGAUCAAAUCCCAAGCUCACACCUAGCCCCAGGGGCAUUUUCAGGAAGGCUUUCUCCUGCUUAUCUCACCAGUAGGAUCUAAUGUCUUGGGCCUCCUCUGAUCAUGACUACCAAAUCAAACAUAAAACAAAAGACAGGCAGGGGCCAGACAAUUUUGGCUCUGGCUACUGGUUCCCAAGAGCCAGGUAGUUACUCUUCUCAAAUAGCGGAUAGGUUGUCCAGUCCUGUCCAGUACUGAUUUGGAGCAGCAAUACAGCCCUUCUGUUAUCUCCUUGGUGAGAACUUUAGGAUACAACUAAACCUGAUCCAAUUUAAAUAUUGGGCCAUGAGGGAGGGAGAGGAGAGAGUCAAAUUAUUUCAUUUAGGAAGUAGUCAUUAAGAUCACUUGUAAAUUCAGAAUUGAAGUAUAUGUCUUCUCAGUUACUGAACAAGAUUUCUGACUCUGAGCUAGAGACUUUGCUAACAGGGAGAACAUGAAUAAUUUCGGGGUUGCACACUGAGGGUUGCCAUGUUUCUAUUUUGCAGAUCAAUCUGUUUAAGGCUUUUGAAAACUUAAUGCAAAUCUGAUUAAAUGAAUUGAAUGAAGAAAGAGUUAUAGCAUUUCUAAACCAAGUUUAGCUCCAACAAAGUUCAGACAGAUCCUGGAAUUAAAAGCCUUCAAAGUAAAUGAAAGGACAAUACCUAGAUGGAGUAAAUAUACUUUCAGGAGCACUGUUUUCCUUUUCUGUAUUUUUCUUCUCUUAAAUGUCUGUUAACCAUCUGUAUUCUAAAAUGAUGAAAGUGCUAGGACUGCUGAUUAACACAUAUAUGAUACAGGAAAAAAAAAAAAAAAAGUCUAAAAAGUUUUUUUUUUGCUUUUUUUUUUUUU